AUGGUCGUAAGGAAGUUCUUUCCCGGUAGUGCGUACAGGGGGGAGACUCAAUGGCCACAGAUUAUGGCGGUACUCAUUGGUUCACUAUCCGGACUCACAGAAGGCUUAUUGUUCGCCUGGAGUUCACCGUUCCUCAUCAAAAUCACCCACGACAAAGUUAACUAUGACAUCUCAGAAGAACAAGCUUCAUACUUCGUCACAAUCCAACCGCUAGCCAUGAUGGCCAGCUCUCCCAUCUUCUCUCACUUGUGCGAUGUGAUAGGAAGAAAGAAAACCCUAAUGUUAAUCAGUAUUCCUCAAGUACUAAGUUGGGUAUUAGCUGGAGUCGCAAAGAACGUGUAUGUGUUUUAUGCUGCUCGAGCCUUAGCUGGUAUGGGCAAUGCGUGCUUUUACUCAGCGUUUGCGAUUUACAUAGGUGAAGUGGCCAAUCCCACUGUUCGAGGAACCUUCGGCAACUCCAUAGCUUUUACUUUUUAUCUUGGUGACUUCUUAAUUGCCGUUAUUGGUAGUUAUUGGUCUGUACAGCUGACUUCUUGCGUUUGUGUAACCUUACCAAUUUUGUUUUUGAUACUGUUUAGCUUUAUGCCAGAAUCGCCUUAUUGGCUCGUUAUGAAAGGUAAAGAGGAAGAAGCCAGAAAAUCUUUGAAAUUUUUAAAAAGGAAAGAACACAUAGAUGAAGACUACAUCCAACUUAAGAAAGACGUGGAGAGGCAGAUGUCAGACCAAAAGGGCUUGAAAAGCUUAAUUAAAACCAAAAGUAGCAGAAGAGGUUUACUGGCAUGUAUAUUCCUCAGAUUUUCUCAGCAAUUAGGUGGUCUUAAUGUGUUCAUGGCUUACACUCAGUUUAUUUUUCAUAAAUCUGGUAGUUUCUUGAGUGACACUAAAGGCGCACAGAUUUACACAGGUCUAAACUUUGGAUUUAAUAUUAUAGUGUCUAUGUGUGUCGUUGAUAGGCUUGGUAGACGAAAGGGAUACAUUACAUCCCUACUGGCAACUGCUGUUGUAUUUUUUACCAUGGCCACUUACUUCUAUUUAGACGAAAAUGUAGACAUAGACGUCAGUUCCUUUAAUUGGAUACCGCUGGCCGGUAUGGUUUUAUAUUUAAUAUUUUCUUCUUUCGGAAUGGCAGUUAUUCCGACUUUAAUGUUGGGAGAGGUUUUUUCGGCGAGACAAAAAGCUAACGCUCUAACCAUUUUGCUAUUCGUGUUUGGUAGUGCUGCUUUUAUAAGUAAUCAACUCUUCUACUACCUUAAUAGCCGUGUGGGCUUCUACUUUCCGUUUUAUUUCUUCUGCGCUUGUAAUAUCGUGUCUAGCUUUAUUGCCUAUUUGAUCGUUCCUGAAACAAAGGGGAAGACUUUGGAAGAAAUUCAAGAGGAUUUGAGGGGACCUAAUGAGAAAGAAAAGGAAGUUGAAAUUGAAAGUAAAAUUUAG